UCUUGACUUCGUUUCCGAGAUUUAUCUUUGACCAUGUAGUAGCCUCGCUACGCUGCAACCCUUCGCACAAGCAUUCAGAGGGUAGGAAUAAAAACAUAAUAAUGACAUUGCUGUCACUCUCCUAUGCCGACACAUUCCGACCCAGCCUCAUUCUUGUCCGUGCGCUCGCGCCGACUGCACAAGCUUAUAAAUAUAUAAACUAAAAAAAAAAAAAAAAAAAUGCCUAAACGCAAACGCGAAGAAUCGAAAGAGGAACGUUGGUCAAGAAAAAUGAAGAAAUAUGAAGCGAAGCUUCUUAAAACACAGUGUCGUAAUACUAAGCGUAUUGUUUACUCCAGCGAUGAAGAUGAUGUACAUAUCGAAGAACAUCCGGUACCUGGAGAAACUGAAUUGUUUAAUGUGGGUAAUAUUUCAAGCGAACAGCAAGAAAUUUUCUCGGAUCUUGACUCGUACCAAGACCUUCCUCCUAAGGAAGUACCCUUAACUGUAACUGAGAAUAAUGAGGAAGUCGCAGAAUGCAUUGACUCGGAAUUAUUACAAGCCUUAGGAGAAAAUGAAUCGGAAAUUACUGAAUAUGGUGAUGAAAUAUAUAAAGAUAUAGCAACAAGGUUCCAAAAAAUUUUAAUAGAGGGCUUAAGAAAGGAAAAUAGAGAAGAACUUAUAAAGAAAUAUCUGUUUCCUAAAAAUUUACCGUUCUUAAAGGCACCCACUCUAAACCCAGAGGUCCAUGCUAUGCUUCCUGAGCCUUGCCGUCUCCGCGAUAAACGUUUGAUUUGUAAACAAGAUCAGCUCGGACGUGCACUAUCAGCCCUAGGAAAGGCCAUGACGGCUCUUUUAAAGAAAGACCCUGUUAUAUCCGAAGUUAUUCGCAUAUUGAGCGAUACGGGAAAACUUAUCGCAGACUCCCACUACGCAGAAACAGACACCCGUCGGUCAGUCAUCAUUCCAUUAGUAGACAAAUCUUUGGCCGAUACUUUUAAAAACCGGAAGAGAGAUACUUUCUUAUUCGGAGAGAGUUUAUCUGAAGUAGUGAAGGAAUCUCGAGGAAUUAAGAAGACUAGUCAAUUAAUUCAAGCUACAGCCUCUUCUUCCAGCUCUGGUUUAAACUUCAGGGGCCCAUCGGCUCGACCACGUCAGUGCGCCAGUCAAACCAACUCGCAACAACGAGCCGGUGGGCACAAAACUUCAUAUGCGAAUCGGCGACGUGUAGUCGCCGCACCGGCGCCACACAGUCGCCGUCCGCAACCACCGCCGCCGCCGCCAGCGCGGCGCCAACCAGUCUACAAGCCGCGACCAGCAGCCGAUCGGUCGCGGAAUUAAAUACAGAAUCUCAGUUCAGUUCACCCGCUACAUGGUCAACUUUUCUUGGUAGCGAGCGUGUUAUCCGGGAAGGAUUUUCCAAGCAGGGAGUACCAAAAGCAGCUGUAGAUGUUAUGAUCUCUUCCUUGUCUCGGAAUACUAUAUCGCAGUAUAAUUCCAGUCUAAGAAAAUGGUGGGAAUAUUGUAAUCAGAAUCAUUGUGAUUUUUAUGAAGUUAAUCUCAGUUCCCUGCUAAUUUUUUUGACAGAAUGUUUCCAAUCAGGGUCAUUCUACGGAACCUUAAAUAAUCAUAGAUCUGCUAUUUCCUUAAUUUCUAGUAAUAAUAUUGGUCAUAAUGAAAAGAUAAAACGUUUUUUCAAGGGUAUUUUCAAAUUGAAACCCGUUUUCCCCCGUUAUAUUGUUACGUGGGAUACUAACAUUGUACUUAAUCAUUUGGCCAAUCUCUCAAACGAUUCGAUUAAUUUAGAAAUGUUAAGCAAAAAACUAGUGAUGCUGUUAGCUUUGGCAACUGGGCAAAGAACGCAAACAUUGUCAUUGAUAAAAAUUUCAAACAUUACUUAUUACAAUGACCGCAUAGUUAUAGCUAUAUCAGAUUUAAUUAAAACUUCAGGUAUUGGUCGUCGCCAACCGGUAUUGAAUCUACCGUUUUUUAAUUCUAGACCUAGUAUUUGCCCAGCUGCCACACUUAAGUUUUAUGUAGCAUCAACUUCUUUUGUAAGACCUAAUGAUGUGGACCAUUUAAUUUUAACUAGUAGGAAACCAUAUAAAGCCGUCUCAUCUCAGACGUUAGGGCGUUGGAUAAAACUAACUCUUCAAGAGAGUGGCAUUGAUACUUCCAUAUUUGGUGCCCACAGUACAAGGCACGCUUCUACCUCUGCCGCUUCACGUGCAGGCCUAAGUGUCGAUGUCAUUCGUAAGGUUGCUGGUUGGUCUGACCAAUCAGCAGUAUUUGCCAAUUUCUAUAAUAGGCCAAUUAUUGAUACCACUUCUAACUUAUUGAUUAAUUAGAUAAUAAUAACCAUGUUUUCAGUUUAUUUAGGAUAUAAUAAAGAAAUGUACACACUGAUUAAAUUUUGUUUUUUACUUUUUAUUUAUUUUUAAUUUAUUUAAUUCUUUUGCAACAUUGAUAAAAACCUCUGAACAUCUACAUGGUCAAAGAUAAAUCUCGGAAACGAAGUCAAGAUAAUUAAAUGAUCAAACGAACUUACCUAAAGUGAAGUUCGAUCAAAAUUAUCUUGACUUCGUUGAAGAGAUUUAAGGUCCCUCCCACCUCUGCUUAUAAAACCCAAAUUAAUAUCAAUGUUGCUAGCAGUUACUACCUUAUGCUCUAAAUAGAAUGAGGCUGGGUCGGAAUGUGUCGGCAUAGGAGAGUGACAGCAAUGUCAUUAUUAUGUUUUUAUUCCUACCCUCUGAAUGCUUGUGCGAAGGGUUGCAGCGUAGCGAGGCUACUACAUGGUCAAAGAUAAAUCUCUUCAACGAAGUCAAGAUAAUUUUGAUCGAACUU